CACAUAAAUGAGUAAAAUAGGCCAGGAGGAGGUAACAAGAGAGGGCAGUGGGGACUGUGGCAAACCCGAGAGCAUGUGCUGUGUGAGGAGGAAGCCAUGAGCGAGGAGGAGGAACCACGAGCGAGGAAGUCACCUCGCUCUAGCUGGAUGUCACCACACAGGAGCUGGGAGACCUUCCCAGACUGCCCUGCGUUUCCUAGUGCUCCCCUAGAAACUCUCACUCCCCUCACCCUGCUCUGGUUUCUUUACAGGAUUUACCACUACCUGUCACAUGCGUUUAUGUAUUGUUUGCCAUUCUCACUAGUAUGUAUACUCCAUAACAUCAAGGAUUUUAUUUUUCCCCACUGUUGUAUCCUUAGGGCCUGGAAUAGUUGGCACAGAGGGAAUGCUCAGUAAACAUUUGUAGAAUAAGUAGAGAGAGAAAUUUUGGCCAGAUUUUGCAGUUUUUCUAAGAAAUCAGAAAUCUAGGAAAUUCCAUCAUGGUGUACUGUGGUCAGGGCCAGAAAGUGCAGAAGGUUAUGACAGAGCCCAUCAAUCUCAUCUUCAGAUUCUUACAAAAUAGAUCCCAGAUUCAGGUAUGGCUCUAUGAGCAAGUGAAUAUCUGGAUAGAAGGCUGUAUCAUUGGUUUUGAUGAGUAUAUGCACUUUGUAUUAGUUGAUGCAGAAGAGAUUUAUUCUAAAACAGAGUUAAGAAAACAACUGGGUUGGAUCAUGCUAAAAGGAGAUAAUAUUUCUCAGCUACACAGUGUCUCCAACUAGAAAUGAUCAAUGAAGUGAGAAAUUGUUGAGAAGGAUAUAGUUUGUUUUUAGG